UGGGAAGCAGUAAUUGGUUUAGAAAUUCAUGCUCAAAUACAAGCUAAAAGUAAAUUAUUUUCUUCAUCAAAAACCUCGUUUGGGAUUCCAAUAAACAGUGCUGUUUCAUUUUUAGAUGCAUCUUUGCCUGGAUGCUUGCCAGUUCUAAACAAACAAUGUAUCGUUGCUGCAAUAAAAGCUAGCCAUGCUUUGAACUGUUCGAUUAAUGAAGUUUCUUACUUUGAUAGAAAGCAUUAUUUCUAUGCAGAUUUACCAUCUGGAUAUCAGAUCACACAACAUAAAAAACCGGUUGCUAUUGGUGGUAGUCUCAAAUAUUUGGCUGUUGAUUCUAAUUUUAAAAAAGUUACAGAAAAAGAAGCCAGGUUAAUUCAAAUUCAACUUGAGCAAGACAGUGGUAAAAGUUUACAUGAUAAAUCUAAAAGCUUAAUUGAUUUGAAUCGUGCUGGUAUUGGGUUACUAGAGAUAGUUACACAACCUGAUUUCAGAUCAGCUGCUGAUGUUGUUGGAUUUGUUAAAGAACUUCAGUUAUUGCUGCAAACUAUUGAUGUAUGUGAUGGAAAAAUGGAAGAAGGGUCACUUCGCGUUGAUGUCAGUGUUUCAAUUAGAAGAUUUGGUAGUUUUUGUUUAGGCACUAGAACUGAAAUAAAAAAUUUGAAUAGCAUUCGAUCUUUAGGAAGAGCAGUCAGUUACGAAAUAUCAAGACAAAUUGAAAUAAAAGAAUCAGGUUAUGAAGUGCAAAAUGAAACCCGAUACUUUCAUGCCGAGAACGACAUUACAGUGCCUUUGAGAGAUAAAGAAGGUAUUCAUGACUACAGAUUCAUGCCUGAGCCAAAUUUGCCUCCACUUAUACUAAACACCAAAGGAAAAAAUGGAACGAAUAUUGAAGAUGUUUUAAAAGAUUUUCCAAUUUUACCAAGUGAGCAAAGAAAAAAAUUGGUUGAUUUGGAUCAUCUAAGUCUAGCACAAAGUGAUGUACUUGUGAGCCACCCAUUCCUAUUUGAUAUUUAUACUGAAUGUUCAUCUAAUCUGACAAUGAAACAUCAUAAAAUGGAAAUUGCAAAUUUUCUCAUAAAUGAAGUUUUAUAUACAGUCAAUAAA